UAGCUUAGCGACGACCCUACGCAUGUAAAAAGAGAACAGGGUGCGACUUCUGUAAGCUUGAGUUUCUUUGUUUUAAACAAAACGUUCCUUCUGUUGAAGACGGUGUCUGGCAGUGCUGAAGUUGUAAAACCAUUGGUCAGUGAUAAUUUCCCUAUUGUCGGCCGGGUUACGAAGGAUUAGCUGUGUCAUAAGGAGGUUGUGUUGUUGUUGACUAAAGCUAGCGGUACAGAAGUUGAGCUAACACAUCUCUUUGCUCUUUCAUUUUCCCCGCUGACUACAAGGUUAGUAACGUUUCUGCAGAAAGCCACAGCGAUGUUAUUCUGUUUACCUCUUCCGUAUUCACCACCUGAGCGUCGCACUGGCACACUGACUCCCCUGCCUUAAAGAGCAUGCAAAAGGAGAAUGACCAAGUUGGAGGAGACAAGGAGUCGAAGGAGGAGAGGACGCAGAAUGCCACUGAGGGGACAGUGAGCAAGAGGAUCCGGGUAAAUACUCCGAGCCCACAAAGAGGGAGCACUCCCCAAGCCAGCCCCCCCAAGUUUGUGUCUGUGGAGGAGCUGAUGCAGACGGCCAAAGGAGUCUCAAACAUGGUUCUGGCCCAUGAAAUAAUUUUCAACAGCGAUUUCCAAGUCAAACCUGCAGCGCCUCCUGAGGGGAGUUUGGAGCACAAAGUGAAAGAGAUAAUGCACAAAGCAUUCUGGGAGUGUUUGGAAGCUCAGUUGACGGACGAGCCACAGACGUACGGACAUUUAAUCAAACUGCUGGCGGAGAUCAAAGAGACUUUACUCUCAUUUGUGAUGCCGUUGAACGUCCGUCUGCGCACCCAGAUCGAGGAGGUUUUGGAUCUGCCUCUAAUCCAGCAGCAGGCUGAGAAAGGAGCGGUGGACAUUGGUCAACUGUCCCAGUUCAUCGUCAUGAUGAUGGGCUCACAGUGUGCCCCCUGCAGAGAUGAGGACAUCAGAAAGCUAAAGGAGAUCACAGAAAUUGUGCCUCUGCUCAAGGCAAUAUUCUCUGUGCUGGACCUGAUGAAGCUGGACAUGGCCAACUUUGCCCUGACCAGCCUCCGGCCUCAUCUGAUGCAGCAAUCUGUUGAGUACGAGAGGAGCAAGUUCCAGGAGUUUGUGGAGAAACAGCCCAGUAAGGAAUCUCUCUUUCAUGAGAUUAGUCAUUUUAUUCCAAAUAUUUAGCUAAAGGAUAUGUUU